UCUAGAUUGGAUCAGCUGACCGAUAAUGAGGUUAACUGGCUCCCGUACGGGGUUGAUCCGGCACGUCGCGUGCCAGCCACUUUAUUCAUUGGCUGCAUCCAGUAUCGGAGUAUCAUUGAGCCAUACAUGCCUGAUCGAGUCGUUCGGCAGCUGGGAUUCGUGCAGGACAUUCCGGGGACCAUUAUCAGGCCUAAGAAGGCUAAGAGGCCUACGAACUUGAAGAUGUAUCGGGUAGAGUUCCCGACUGAGAUGACAUCAGUGAUGUGGACUCGGUUUGUCCCUGGUUCUUCGUUCAGUGUUGUUCCCGGUGCCCUUACCCGACUCGGCGGUGGCGCUCCUACGGUCGGUCCUGGUUACAUGCAGUGGCUCUACCGAUUUUCUCAUCCUCGUAUUUCUCCGGGUGGGUCUUCAGCUGCGGACACACUUCCAGAGAGGACUAACACGGACUACUGGAUGGGUCGUUCCUUGGAGAUUCACCGUAGGUCACUGGCGGAGUAUCCCAGCAUGUCGCCGGACACGAGGGGGAUGAUUGAGCAGCUGAUUUUUGACUGGCAGGUGAGGAUGGGGCUGUGAUCCGCUUCUGUGUUUGUUUACCAUUAACCAGUCCAUUUGAAACUUUGUUUUGUUAAUAAAAAUAAUGUAAUUGCGAGUUUUGUUUCAACUUUGUAUCAUUACUUU